AUGAAAGCCGUGGCUAAGUUGCCUGGUGGAUUCCCGAGUCAUUUUCGUGCUCAGCUUUGGUUAUCGUUGGCCGACCAUUACAUUACUGCUGCAGAAAUUGACUGGAUCUCGGUAUGUCGAGCUGCGUUUAACAGCAGAAUUAAUCGAGAUGAUGAUCGCCUAACACUCGAGUUUAUAAAAGGUUUACAUCUUGCUGGAUGGUCUACAGUGCAGGAUGAAGCAAAAGAGAUACAUUUAAAACGUGCGAUUCUCGGCUAUGCUCGGUACAAUAAAUCUGUUGGUUACUCGCAGGGUUUGAACAUCAUUGCCGCACUAGUAUCUGAAGUAGUAAACUUCAAGGAGGAACCGACCCUCAAAAUUUUGAUUUUUCUGCUUGAAUCUGUUCUGCCAGACGGGUACUUUGAUCAAAGUUUAAGAGCAUUAUCUGUUGACAUAACCGUAUUGCGCCUUUUACUUCAACAAGUGCUUCCACAAGUUGCUUCACACUUAGAAAAACUUAGGAAGAAGUCGAUGAAACUUUUUUUUUUUUCAGAGACCUCCUACGAUCCGCCAUUGGACAAUGUACUGUCCUUACAGUGGUUUCUUACUCUGUUUUCGACUUGCUUAUCCAAAGACUGUGUAGCUCGAAUUAUAGACGCGAUAAUGCUAGAGGGCUCCGAGUUUAUUCUCAAAACUUCGCUAAUUAUAUGGGCUAAAUUUAGCAGGUAA